UUCUCUCUGUAAGAUACAGACAAAUCCGGAGUUUCCUGUACUGUCAAAAGAAGGAGAUUUGACAAUUGGAGGUGUUUUUUCUAUCCACAGCACAAUCACACAACCUUCACUUUUCUUUACAGAGAGGCCCAAAAUACUUCAAUGUACCAGUAUUAACAUAAGGGAGUUUCGAUUUGCCCAGACAAUGAUUUUUGCUAUUCAAGAAAUAAAUGAAAACCAGGAUCUUCUUCCUAAUAUCUCAAUUGGAUAUCGGAUUUAUGACAACUGUGCAUCCACGUUAUCAUCAAUGCGUGCCGUAAUGGCUCUGAUGAAUGGUGAAGAGUUGACUUUGGGAAAAAGCUGCUCUGGACAAUCAGCUGUUCAUGCUAUUAUUGGAGAGUCUGAAUCUUCUUCAACUAUUGUCCUUACCCGCACUAUUGGGCCAUUUCAGAUUCCAGUGAUAAGCCAUUCAGCCACCUGUGAGUGUUUGAGCAAUAGAAAGGAGUACCCCUCAUUUUUUCGAACGAUUGCAAGUGAUCUCUAUCAAAGCCGUGCCCUAGCACAGCUGGUCAAAAACUUUGGCUGGACCUGGGUUGGAGCAGUUAACAGUGACAGUGAUUAUGGCAACAAUGGGAUGGCCAUAUUUCUCUCUGCAGCAGAAGAGGAGGGUGUGUGUGUGGAAUACACAGAAAAAUUUGACAGGGCAGAGCCAAAAAAGCUCCUGAAAGUUGUAGAAGUGAUUAAAAAAAGCACUGCUCGGGUGAUUGUUGCAUUUCUUGCUCAUGUAGAAAUGAAUAACCUGCUAGAGCAAUUGAGUCUUCACAACAUUACUGGACGUCAGUUCAUUGGUGUGGAAGCCUGGAUUACUGCGGACAGCCUUGUGACUCCUACUAGCUAUAGAGUGCUGGGAGGUGCAUUAGGAUUUGCUGUUCAAAAGGCAAAUAUCAGCGGGUUGGAAGAAUUCCUUGUCAGAGGCUUUUGGGAAACAGGUUUUCCUUGUAAUCAGAAAAAUAACAAGGCAAGUCUGACAAAAUGCAAAGAAAACAAGGAUAUCAUGGAGCUCAGAGAUAAUGAGGAUGACGUGAUGGAGCUAAGAUACUCUACUAAUAUCUAUAAAGCCAUCUAUGCCCUAGCAUAUUCUUUACAUAGUAUAUUGAACUGCUCAAUAGGUCAAGCAUGUAAAAAGAAAGUGGAGGUCAAGCCAUGGGAGGUAGUAGAGGCUUUGAAAAAUGUUAACUUCACUAUUAAGAAUGGUGACAAAGUGUGGUUUGAUAACACUGGAGCUGCUGUUGCCAGGUAUGAGAUCGUAAACUGGCAGUAUGGAGGAAAUGAAACCGUUCAGUUUAAACCUGUUGGCUACUAUGAUGCUUCACUUACCUCUGGGAAGAGGUUUGUACUAGACAGAGAGGCAAUAAUGUGGCCCCAGGGCACUAAGGAGUUGCCUGUUUCAGUUUGCAGUAAAAGCUGUCGUCCAGGAACCCAUAAAGUCCUUCAGAAAGGAAAACCUGUGUGCUGCUUUGACUGUAUAGCCUGUGCAGUCGGGGAGUUUAGCAACUCUAUAGAUUCUAUUGACUGCAAAAAGUGCCCUGAAGCAUACUGGUCCAAUCAGAACAGAGAUGCAUGUAUACCAAAAGACGUUGAGUUUCUCUCUUUUAAUGAGGUUAUGGGAAAAAUAUUGCUGAUUUUCAGUGUGUUCGGUCUGUUGCUAACUUUAUUAGUAUCCACACUUUAUUUAUCUAAUAAGAACACUCCACUUGUGAAAGCAAACAACUCUGAAUUAAGUUUCUUGCUGCUCUUUUCCUUGUCUCUCUGUUUCUUGUGUUCUUUAACAUUUAUUGGUAAGCCUACUAACUGGUCCUGUAAGCUGAGACACACAGCAUUUGGCAUCACCUUUGUGCUCUGCAUCUCUUGUAUUCUUGGAAAAACAAUAGUGGUUUUGAUGGCUUUUAAAGCUACACUUCCAGGUAAUAACAUGAUGAAAUGGUUUGGGCCGGCACAACAGAGACUCACUGUUUUAUUUUUCACUUUUAUACAGAUCAUAGUUUGCAUCCUGUGGAUAACAAUAAAUCCUCCCAUUCCUUACAAAAAUAUGAAUUAUUAUAUGGAGAAGGUAAUCCUUGAGUGUGAUCUCGGGUCACCUUUUUGGUUUUGGGUUGUGUUAGGAUACAUUGGUCUCCUUGCCUUUCUAUGUUUUGUCCUUGCUUUCUUGGCAAGAAAGUUGCCCGAUAGCUUCAAUGAGGCAAAGCACAUCACCUUCAGUAUGUUGAUCUUUUGUGCAGUCUGGCUCACCUUUAUCCCAGCUUAUGUCAGCUCACCUGGGAAAUUUACUGUUGCUGUUGAGAUAUUUGCCAUACUAGCAUCAAGUUACGGGAUACUGUUUUGUAUAUUUGCACCAAAGUGCUAUAUCCUUGUUAUAAAACCUGAGAUAAACACAAAGAAACACCUUCUGGGAAAAACACAAUGUUAA